GGUUGGCGAUGAAGAUGCAUUAGUAAAGGCUGCAAAGAGAACAACAAGAAGGCGGAGAAGAAAUUCUGACUGCUUCACCGCCUUUGGGGCCAAUAAACCGCACUCGAAUACAAUACGGCGGCAGGCAGUGAUACGUGACAUACCGCCCUGUUAUCGCCUAGUGGUAAUUUUGCGGGGUGAUAAAAUACUAUAAAGCAACUUAAUUGCCCAACACAGUAAUCUGUCUACCCCUCCGUCUUCCAUCUUCAGUUGUUCCUCUCGAUCUUCUCCUCAACACACUCUUGCUUCAUACAGACACAAUGGCAGGUGCAUCAGACAAGGCUGUCUUCCGGGCUACCACCACCGCCCCGGUAAACAUCGCCGUUAUCAAGUACUGGGGAAAGAGAGAUCCAACUUUGAACUUGCCUACCAAUUCGUCCCUGUCGGUGACGCUUUCUCAGCGCUCUCUGCGCACCCUUACCACUGCCUCCUGCUCGGCUGUCUACCCCGCCGCUGAUGAGCUUAUUCUCAAUGGCAAGCCCCAGGACAUUCAGUCUUCCAAGCGUACGCUGGCUUGUCUCGCGAGCCUGCGUUCCCACCGCCAGGCUGUUGAGGCUGCAGACCCUUCUCUGCCCAAGCUGUCUACUUUCCCUCUUCGAAUUGUCUCUCAGAACAAUUUCCCCACAGCCGCUGGUCUCGCCAGUUCCGCUGCUGGUUUCGCGGCCCUGGUCCGUGCCGUUGCUGAUCUCUACCAGCUUCCCCAGACUCCUCUGGAGCUUAGUCGCAUUGCCCGCCAGGGAUCUGGCUCUGCCUGUCGGUCCCUGAUGGGUGGAUAUGUGGCUUGGAGAGCCGGAAGCCUGGCCGAUGGAAGCGACAGUCUGGCUGAGGAGGUUGCACCCCAGUCCCACUGGCCUGAGAUGCGCGCUGUGGUUCUGGUUGUUAGCGCUGAGAAGAAGGAUGUCCCCAGCACAGAGGGUAUGCAAACAACCGUUGCUACUUCCAACCUGUUCGCUGCCCGCGUCGCCUCUGUUGUCCCCGAGCGCAUGGCUGCCAUCGAAACCGCCAUCCAGAACCGAGACUUCCCUAGCUUUGCAGAAAUUACUAUGCGUGACUCGAACGGUUUCCACGCCACCUGCCUGGACUCGUGGCCCCCAAUCUUCUACAUGAACGACGUCUCUCGGGCCGCCGUCCGUCUUGUGCACGACAUCAACACUGCUGCUGGUCGGACUGUGUGUGCUUACACCUUUGACGCUGGCCCGAAUGCAGUUAUCUACUACCUUGAUGAAGAUUCUGAACUCGUCGCUGGAACAGUCAAGGCUGUCCUGAAGUCCGAUACUGAGGGCUUUGAAGGCCCCUUCAAUGAGCGCGUGAAGGACAUCACCACCCCGGGCGUUUCCCUUGACAAGAUUGACUCGAGAGCCGUGGAUGUGCUCAGAGAUGGUGUGAACCGGGUUAUCUUGACCGGUGUUGGCGAGGGCCCGAUCAGCGUGGAGGAGCACCUUGUUAGUGAGACGGGCGAAGUUCUUUCCCAGUAAAAAUUUAAUUUCACCAAGUACCUAAUUUUACGAAUUCAAUACGUUUUCUCUUCAAUUUUAAACCAUGUCUUUUCCAAAUAAAACAUAUCUUACCAAGGCCUGCUGCAUUGCUGCAGUAUAUUUACCUAUCCCUGGGGGCUCUGCAUCAGUAUUAAAUCACAGCUAUCCUAGUUUCUAAUGCCGAUUAUUUUAUCAUGCCAUUUCGCUAUCAAU